GGACUGCCAAAAUUGUGUACGCCGUAGUCUAUCCAAGUAUUUAGUUACUAUAGCGUGUCACCACAGAAUAGAUAAGAUAAUCUUAUCAUUUCUAUCAGCGUCAUUGUAACUCAUUAUUUUUGAGACAUGAUAAAUUAAGUAGAGAACUUAAAACUUAUACGUUAAAUAUUAGUCAAAAUGUUAUAAUAAAAAGUGGUUUAUAUUAACUUAAUGAAUAUAACAUCUAACUAUCAAGCUAUGGCGAGUAAAAUUAAAUAUUGUUUAGAUGGUCCAGAAACUGAAGAUCAAUCAAGACUUAGGUUUCAAAUUGAAUUGGAAUUUGUACAAUGUCUGGCAAAUCCAAAUUACUUGAACUUUUUAGCUCAACGUGGCUAUUUUAAAGACCAAUCUUUUGUUAAUUAUUUGAAAUAUUUACUAUAUUGGAAAGAACCAGAUUAUGCCAAAUUUAUAAAAUUUCCAAUGUGCUUAUAUUUUUUGGAUCUUUUGCAACAUGAGUCAUUUAGAAAAGAAAUAGCAACUGCUGUUUGUUCAAAAUUCAUUGAUGAUCAACUCCUUUUAAUAUGGCAGCAUUAUACGAGACGGCGUACGAAAAUGAUUCAUACUGCCCAUGAACAUCAUAUGAAUCUUAUGAAUAAAACAAAUGUACCAAUAAUUAACCAAACCCAAACAAAUGGUACAAAUGGAGUUAUGCCGUCUUUACCAAUUCCAAAAGUUAUGCCCCCGUAAACUUUUCUAUUAUAUAUAUAAUAAGGAUUUGUUUUUUAAAUAACAUGUAUAUAAUUGAUAAUAUAUUUCAAGAAAGUACUUAGUAAAUAUAUAUAUAUAUAUAUAUAUAUAUAUAUGUAGAUAACUUUAAAUAAAAAAUGUAUGUUUUAAAUAUUAUUUUAUUUUACAAAACAAAAAAAUUAGUUUUAUUUUUAUAAAUUAUUUUCGUUCAAUCUGUUAUGCAGAUCAAAAUUUAAUUUAAUAUUCUGGAUUGAAUUCCAUUUUAUUGAAUUAAUAGUUAAGACGUUCUUAUUAAAAUUAAAAUGUUUUAAUUAUUUCACCCCUAGACAU